UGUGUGAGAGACACUCUUUCGAAGAUAAGUGAGUGUGAGUCUUUGAAGAGAGAAGUAAAAGUGAGUUUGAACUUUGAAGAGUUGAGAGUGUAAGAGUGAGGAGCAAAUACUGAAUUGAGGUUUGAGAGAGUUUCAAUUUAUGUAAUAUUAAAGAUUGAAGAGAAAUAAAUCUUUCUUUGUCGCGACUUUGGCAAAUAACAGCUUCCGCGCCACCUCUGGCACGCUCAUCAUCAUCAUCGUCUUGCCUAGUAGCCGCGGAGAGAGAGGCUCAUAACUCAUUCGAAUGGAUAUUUUCUUGUUUGCUAAAAUGGAGUGCAUCUUAUGCUGCUACUCCCUCUUUCUUUACGUUUCAAUAUAUCCUCCAUUUUAGGGCCUCCAUUCGCUUUCAACUUUCCGGGAAAAAAAAUGUUGUGGCGGUAUACAUGGACUUUGUUCUUCUCGGCACCCAAAAGAAUUGUAUCUGCAUUACUACCCUUUGUGUCAAAUCGUUACCUCUCAUCGCAAAAGGUAUGUGCAACUUACAAAACCCAUAAAAUUUUCAGGGAAAAUCUUGACCCUGAUUUUCCCGACGGGAGCAAAGUUACUCUAAGUCAUUGUUCGGUGCAUUCAACAUUAUUGAACUGUUCUUCUGAUUUGAUUGCCUUAAGUUUCUUCUUGUGGUGUGCCAAAAAACCCAAUUUUUUCCAUGAUAGAGUGACCAUUGAGCACAUGGUUGGAGUGGUAAGCCGUCUCGUGGAAAGGUACAAAACAGUGAGAAGGGUUGUUUGGGAGCUGGAAAAACUUGGGUGUCUUGCCAAAGCUAGUACAUUUUUGCUUUUGUUGAGGAUUUGUUGGAAUGGAGGGAUGAAUAAUUUGGUAUUGGAGGUGUUCGAUGAAAUGUUUAGCUAUGGUUUUACACCAAACACAUUUGCACGCAAUGCAAUCAUUGAUGUAUUGUUCAGAACUGGUCAUGCUGAUUUAGCUAUUAAAGCUUGGAGGGAAAUUGAAGUCCCCAAUUUCCUGACCUUUAAUAUUGCAUUGUGUAAUUUGUGUAGUUUGAAAGAAUUGUUUCUUGUCACAGAGACUUUUAGAGCGAUGUUACGAAUGGGGUUUUAUCUGAAUUUGGAGACGUAUGAAAUGGUACUAAAUUGUUUUUGUAAAAUGGGUAAAAUAGUUGAAGCAUAUCAAGUAUUGGGUCUAAUGAUUGCUUUUGGAGUCCCUGUGUCUGUAAAUAUUUGGAGUAUACUGAUUGAUGGAUAUUGUAGGUUGAGAAGAUUUGAUAUGGCAGUAGAAUUGUUGGGAAAGAUGGUUGAGGCUGGUUUAUCUCCUACUGUUGUAACAUAUACAUGUUUAAUAAGAGGAUUUUUGAAAUCCCAAAUGGUUAAUGAUGCUUUAAUUAUAUUACACCUAAUGGAAUCUAGAGGUUGCACUCCUGAUUUGGUUCUUUGUAAUGUACUGAUUGACUGUCUUACAAAGUUGGGGAGAUAUGAUGAUGCCAUUGAUGUUUUUGAUGAUAUGCUGAAACGAGAAAUUGCACCAGAUUCUUACACUUUUUGUUCUUUGUUAUCCCCAUUAUAUUUAUCUGGGAGGUUUUCUCUUGUGCUGAAGUUAGUGUCUGGACUUGUAGUUGAAGCUGACCAGAAACUAUGUAACUCACUUUUAAGUUACCUUUGCAAGGCUGGGUUUUCAUGUCUUGCUAUUAAGUUGUAUGACGAUAUGCUUGACAGAGGUUUAAAUCCAGAUGAGUAUACUCUUGCUGCUUUACUAAGUGGGCUAUGUAGAUCAAGAAGAAUUGACCAAGCUAUUAAUGUGUACCACUGGAUUUUGAUGAGCUAUCCCAUUCAAGAUCCUCAUAUCCAUACUAUAAUUGUUGACGGGCUAAUAAAGGCAAGGAAGUUUCAUAGAGCCAUUAGAGCAUUUAGGAAGGUAGUUGAAGAUGGCUUCCCACUUGAUGUUAUAUCAUAUACGGUUGCUAUUCAUGGACUUUUUAGGGGUGGUAGAACUGGAGAGGUUUGUUUAUUGUAUGACCAGAUGAAGGAGGUUGGCAUAGCUCCUAAUGUAUAUACAUAUAAUAUAAUGCUCCGUGGUUUCUGUAAACAAAAAGAUAGUAUAAAGGUACGAUGGAUACUAGAAGAAAUGGUUGCUGCAAGGAUAGAACUGAACUAUGGUAAUUUUAGCCGAUUAUGUAGUUUCUUUUGUAGUUCAUGCCAUUCUAACUCUGUUAUUGGUCAAUUAGUGAAGAUGAAAAAUUUGCGCUUGAUACCGGCCAAAGCAAUUCAUAUAUUAGAUCGGCAUGUCCAAGUUGUCAAAGUAGAUGAGGAUAGUAACAAGGUUUUGGAAGGUUAUUUGGAUGGCAAUCUUCUUGUUGACACAUCAGGCUCUGAAGACCUUUCCGAUGUUGCUGCUUUAAUGGCUUGAGGUGUAAUCAGUGAAGAAAAUUAUUGUUUUGAUGGGUUCUACAAUCAUUGGUCUUAAGGGCAAGAGUUCAUUUGAUUUUUUCUCAGUAAUUCUAGCAGAGUUUUUAACGAUGCUGCAUUCCCAAGUGGAUGAUGAAGAUGGGUGAUAAGUUUACCAGGGUCAUGGGCUUUCUGCCUUUAUAUUAUAGAUGCUGAAUGUAGUGAGAUCGUUGCCAAAUCCCCAAGUCUGGGAAGGAUACCAAGGAAGUGUCAUAUGCAUACAAAAUUUAGACAUGAGAAAGGUGAAAUUUGGUUGCUAUCAGUAUUUAAACAGAUGGGUGCCACAUCCAACUCUGAAAUUAUAAUGCCAGAACAGUAUUAUGAUCAUCCUCCAUUUGCUUUCAUGGCUGUGUUCCUUUGUUAUUCUCCCUCAUACAGACCUAAGGUUGCAUUCCAUUGCGAUUCAUGUUUGUUUCUGUGUGGAAAUUACAUCUUGGCUUUUAUCAAGUUCCAUAAAAAGAACUCGGGAUGUAAAUUGUAAAGUGAAGAAAUUUUGACAAUUACAAGCUGCCACGAAUCUCGAGCUUUAUGGUGUACAUACAUCCACCAACACAUACUGUAGUUUAAAUUUUGUAUUCCUUGGGACAACGUUAUUGCUUCUCCUUUCCUUUAUGUAUGAACAGCAAAACUCAUGCCGAUUGCCAUGGAUGAUCUAUGGGUGGGGUAUCAAACUCGUGAGAGAAGGACGCCUUUCCUUUCGCUGAACGGAAUCAAUAGAAUUUAGCUCCAUUUUUAGCUCAAAUGACUGGGUGAUUGAGUGCAUGCGAAUGUGUGAAUGAUCAUGAGUCUUUACAACUGAGAUCAAUAGAAGUAUGGGUUGGAGCUGAUAAGUCUACAUCUGUAGAAAUGUAAUAGACCAAAUUUUUUACCAUGGAUGAAAAAUAUCAUAUCAAUAGAAAAAGAGAAGUUUAUAUAAAUAUGGAAAAACAAGUAAUUACAAAAAAAAAUUU